UAGUUCCAUGUGCGUGAACAUUCUGUCUGGCAUGCCUCGCUUGCUAGCAAGCGCUGAUAGUGUACGAUUGUGUAGUGAUUGUGUAAUAUGUAGCUCAUGUAACGCGGUGCGGCUCUUGUUUUGUUGGUGUAAUUCAAAAGACCUUUGUAUUUUAUCAGAGAAACAUUUGUGUUUGAUCGGGUUCAUUGUGGAAAUAAAUGUAGGCCUACAAUCCCAGAUCAUCUCGUGUGCCCUGACUGCCUGGUAGCCGUUAUACUGCAUUUGGCUCAGUAUAUGCUCAGUAUAGCUUCAGUAAUUGGAUAAGGGCUGAUUUAUACCAUAGAUUUAUACUCGACGUUCCCGACCUGUCGCGCGACAAUGUGACGUCACGGGAGCGCCGUAACUAUUUAUACUCGCGCUGGUGGUCGCGACACUAGUCUAUGGAGACACUAGUUACACUGUCUGUGGUUACACAGGGCACACCAGAUGAAUGGGAUUUUUGUCAUCCCUGUCGUUUCUUGUGAUAAAAUGUUGUAAAAGUUGCAUGACAUUGGCUUUCAUUGACCACUAAUUUAAACUGCAUUACAUUUGCCAGAGAAAAUAUGUUGAAAGCUUGAAUUUGAACAUGAAUUUUCUAAAAUUUCUACAGAAAAUGCUGGCCAGGGUAGAAUAUAGAGGAGUCCAAAAAUACAUAAAAGUUCCACAAAAUGAUGAAAACUUUGAUUUUCUUCAAGCAGUAACAGACAAAUUUAGCCUGCAGGCUGAAUCUCUGAAUGAAGGUCUCCUCAGCUUGACUGAUACAUCAGGUACUGAGGUCGACGCAGACAUAUUUGAUGAGCUGAUAAAGUCAGGGAUCCAGAACUUCAAGAUUGGAUAUUGUCAGUAUCCAGUAUCAGAUCUCGAAGUAUGUCUUGUGGCAGACGAGACACAGUCCUCAGUAUUACCAGGCCCAUCAGUGUCACCAGUGUCAUUGCCAGCAUCCCCUGUGUCAACGUCAGACCGAUCAGCAUCACCAGCUUCUUCUGCUUCAACAGCUUCUACUGUCAUUCUCUCAUCCACUAAGAACAGGAAGAGGGGCCUUGGUGACCUGAACCGUGAUGAAGCAAGACAGAAGAUUGAAGCUACCCUGAGGUCCAAUCCAAAGGGUGAAGAAAUCUUCAAAGAAUAUUACAAAAAGAAAACGCUGUCGGAUGCAACGCGUAGACAGAUGAUCAAUAUUUUGAUUGCAGAAAUGACUGAAUCCUAUGGGAGAAUUCCACCCACAAGUGUGCGGACCACCUAUGCACUAGGAAUUGUGACCCUUUUUCCAUAUCUGCAAGAUCCAUAUUCAAAAAAUGGAUAUGAACAUUACUAUGAUCCAGACGCCAAUACUGGCUACCUUGCUUGGAGACUCAAGACAGUCCAACGCAACAGCUUUGAUGGCUCCCACAGACGUUCCAGGCCUGAUUUGCAGGACAGCCCAACAACCUAUCGAGAAUCCCUGUUAACCAGUCAGCAGCUCUUCGGUGAGGAGUGUCGGGAGGCGCUUUCUGUCAUCAGAUACUCUACAGAUCAUUCCGUGGUAAAAGAGAGAAUGAGAGCCACCUUUGAGUAUAGACAGAAGCUAGUUCAUGACCAGGAUGCAACAUCUACAGUCUUGGAUGUCUUCCCUCGUUUCCUUGAUGUUCCUGGAUUGAUUGACCAAGAUUUUUCCAUGAUGUUUGGGGAUGAAGUAUCUGGGAAAUUUCUGGCAAAGUGGCCCUCAUUUUUCAUGCAGAAAGUCAUCACAGAAUGCCAGAGUCUUCCCUCAAAUAUGCAUGUUGAGGAUCUUCUUGCAGCUUUUGACUCUGAUGCCGAGAAUGACUUUGGCUGGGAUAGCCAUAUGUCAGCUCUCCUCCUGCUGUUGCAUCUCCUGCCCCCUACAUCAAGAGGCCAUAAGAAAACAGCUAAGAUCAGCUCAGCACAGGCAGCCAACCAUCUUGUAAGAUUUCUUAAAGAGGGUGCAAGCCUCACCACAUUCCUGGAGAAAGUUGAUGGAAGACAGCCCUUCCUCCUCUGCAUCGGUGAGAAAAAGAAGAGAAUCCAGAGGUUCUUCAUUGUCGUGGACCAGAAACCCAUCCCAAGCAAUGCUCAGACAACGGUAGCUGCUUUCGAUGAGCUGUUUAAAGCUCACUACGUCUUCAGCCUCUCUUACGAUGAAGUGCUUACCAGCUUCUACACCUUCAUCCAGACAGCGGUGUACAAUAUUGAUAUCGGAAAAGCAAAGGAAAGCCCGCGAGUCAAGGAACUGAGAGCUCGACUACUGCAAGAGCGUUAAAAGGCCACCAGCUCUCAAAGGUCAGAGUACAAUUCUCUGAAAAUGUUCACAUGUUUUGUUUGCAAAAUGCACCACAAAGAC